AUGUCACUGCGCGAUAUACGAUCCUCGAUGAAGAGAGAUCCAGACGGACAUGGCAUAAGUGCACUGGGCUUUGAUGGUGUCCUUCGUGCGUUUGACGCUGAACGGAAUGUUCUUGACGCCGUUGGCCUCAAUCCAGCGCAGAUCAGAGAGUACUACGAUGGUUUGCCAAUGCCCGAAAGAUUCCUCACUGCCGAUGGCCGGAGUGUAUCCCGCCAGGAUAUGUUUAAUCCCAACGCGGAGGAUAUUCCUAGGAAACCUACAGAGGAGGACAGAGCUAGAACUCGGGCAUAUAAUGAGGCGUUGAAAAGGCGCGGAGUCUCAUGCUGUGUUGCGGACAAGUCAGCUGAUGACGGCGAAUCUAAAUCAGAUCGUAUAUAG